AAAGGAGUAGCGAAAAGAAGAGGAGAGGCAGAGGUGACUUUGAUGGACAGCAGAGGGCGACAUUGCAAGACGAUCCUAAAACAGGCGCUGUACAUCCCCUCUUAUCCACAGGACAUAUUUUCUGUGAAAGCAGCUACUAACAAUGGUGCAACAGUAACUUUCAAACAGGGAGAAGAUGUUCUGAAACAUCAAGAUGGAACAAAGUUUCCCAUCAAAGAGUACAAUAGACUGUACUAUCUACAAACUAGACAUUGGCUGGUGGACAGUCCUCUAAACCAGGUCCCAGUGACGCCUCAGGUGGAGCAGCUGGUGGAUGUAAAAUGGCAGACGGAAAGCAUUUUGUGGACAAACACAGACUCGACCUGAUCCGGAGAGUGAGCAACAUCUCCCCCAUUCUGGAUGAGCUCUAUGACAAUGGAGUGGUCGACCAAGAAGUUUACGACCGGAUCAGAGCUCUGCCGACCUUUCAGGACAAGAUGAGGGAGAUCUACAGGUGUUCCAUGAAUGCUGAGAAAGCCAAAGACAUCUUCUAUAAAAGCCUUUCAGCAAAUGAGAAGUUUCUCAUCGAAGAGCUUCUUACAAAGAAGUAAAUCUGUAAAAAAAAAAAAA